AUGAAAGUCGCCCACAUCAUCCAGCUGGCGGCCAUGGUCGCCACGGCCCUCGCGGCGGUGCUGGCCAUCGACUACGGCCAGGAGUACACAAAAGCAGCCCUGCUGUCGCCCGGAAUCAACUUUGAGAUUGUGCUGACCCAGGACUCGAAACGAAAGCAGCCCUCUGCGAUCGGCUUCAAGGGCAAGGCCGACUCCAAGUUUGGACUCGAGCGGGUCUACGGCUCGCCCGCGGUGCUGAUGGAGCCCCGGUUCCCUAGCGACGUGGUUCUCUACCACAAGCGACUGCUGGGCGGACGGCCCAAGCUCGACAACCCCAACUACAAGGAGUACACACAGAUGCGACCCGCGUGCAUGGCCGUUCCAUCCAACUCGUCGCGGUCGGCCAUUGCGUUCCAGGUCAAGGACUCAGAGUGGUCCGCAGAGGAGCUGCUGGCCAUGCAGAUCAGUGAUAUCAAGUCUCGAGCUGACGACAUGCUCAAGACCCAAUCCAAGUCCAACACUGACACCGUCAAGGACGUGGUCAUGACCGUUCCUCCCCAUUUCACCCACUCCCAGCGUCUCGCCCUUGCUGAUGCCGUCGAUCUCGCCGGCCUCAAGCUCAUUGCUCUCGUCUCUGAUGGAACCGCCACCGCCGUCAACUACGUGUCCACCCGAAAAUUCACCGACGAAAAGGAGUACCACGUGGUCUACGACAUGGGUGCUGGCUCCGCCUCCGCCACCCUCUUCUCCGUCCAGGACGUUAACGGAACCCCCGUCAUCGACAUUGAGGGUGUGGGAUACGACGAGGCUCUCGCCGGCCAAGACAUGACCAACAUGAUGGUCAAGAUUCUCGCCGCCUCUUUCAUGGAACAGAACAAGGACAAGGUGCAGUUGCAGACCUUCAUUCGAGACGUCAAGGCCGCUGCCAAGCUGUGGAAGGAGGCCGAGCGGGCCAAGGCCAUUCUGUCGGCCAACCAGGAGGUGUCUGUGUCCAUUGAGGCCGUGCACAACGGUAUUGACUUCAAGACCACUGUCACCCGAGAUGACUAUGUCAGGAGCAUUGAGAAGAUUUCGACCCGACUCAACGGACCCCUCGAGAAGGCGCUCGCUGGCUUUGCCGACUCCCCCGUGGCUCUCAAGGACGUGAAGUCUGUGAUCCUGACCGGUGGUGUCACCAGAACCCCCGUCAUCCAGGAGAAGCUCAAGGAGCUGCUUGGCGACGUACCCAUUUCCAAGAAUGUCAACACUGAUGAGUCCAUUGUGCUCGGUUCUCUGCUUCGAGGUGUCGGUAUCUCCUCCAUCUUCAAGUCGCGAGACAUCAAGGUGAUUGACAGAACCCCCCACGAGUUUGAUCUGCGGCUCGACGUUCUUGGCGCCAAGGACGAGAUUCUGCGGUCCGAAAAGGCCAACGUCUUCUCCAAGGGCGCUGCCCAGGGCGAGAGUGUGGUGUCCAAGCUCGACAUCUCCGAGAUUGGCAACGCCAACCUGUACCUGCUUGAGGACGGUGAUUCGUUUGUGCGACUUGAUGUGCGGGAUAUGGACGCCAUCAAGAAGGAGCUCAAUUGCGAGAAGUCCGCUGAGUUGCACGUGCCCUUUGACCUGACUCUUUCUGGCACCAUCAAGGUCGGUAAGGCCAAGGUUGUGUGCAAGGGCGGCGAUGCCGAGGCUGAUGCUGAGGUCACCGUGGAUGACCCCGUGGAGGAUGUCGUUGUUGAAGAGGAGGUUGUCGAGGGUGAGACAGUUGAGGGCGACGCUAAGGCUGCCAAGGACUCCAAGGACUCCAAGGACUCCAAGAAGGCCUCCAAGAAGGUCGAUACCUCCCGGUACGUCCCCCACAAGACUCGGUUCGUCGGCACCAAGCCUCUAACCUCUGCUGCUAAGCUCAAGAUUUCCGGACACCUGCGAUCGCUCGCUCGAAAGGACGCCGAGCGACUCGCUACCUCCGACGCCGCCAACAAGCUUGAGUCCACCAUUUAUCACAUCAAGCAUCUGAUUGAGGACGCCGUUGACCAGGACAAGGUUGCCGACAUCAAGAAGAAGAUUGAGGACGCUGCUGCGUGGUUCGAGGAAGACGGUCUCACUGCAGGCAUCCAGGAGCUCACUGAGAAGCUCUCUGUGGUGCAGCCCCUGGAGGACUUUUUCAAGACUGCCGGUGAGGCUAUUGCCGAUAAGGCUACUGCUGCUGCUUCUGCUGCCGGCGAGUUUGUGGACCAGGCUGCUGCUGCUGCCGGUGUCAAGGCCGGCGAGGCCGCAGAUGCUGCCAAGGGAGCUGCUGAUGCUGCUGGCAAGAAGGCCAAGAAGGCCAAGAAGGCUGCCGGCAAGGCUGCUAGCCAGGCCGAGGAGGACGUGCUUGAUCAGCUUAAGGAUGCCAACGAUCUUAUCAAGAACAUUGCCCAGCUCGCCCGGGAGAGUGGCAACGAUGUGCCCAGUGAGGAGGAUAUUGAGCGGGAGAUGAAGCGAGCUGCUGAAGGCGGCGACUCUUCCGACUCUGCUGAUCUUUCCGGCCACCUCGAGACCCUCAUGGGCCUGCAGGACAUGCUCAACGAGCUUAACGGCGGCGAGGCUCCCUCUGCUCCCGGUCUGGACGUUACUGCGAUUGCCGGAAUCACCCGAACCAUCCAGCGGCUGUCCGACAAGCUGACCGAGCUCGGAACUCCUCCCAAGGAUGAGGACGACAUGUUCCGAAUGCUUGGCAUCGACCCCCAGACCUUCCACAAGUUCUCCGAGGAGGCGUUUGAGGACCAGGCUUCUCCUGCCGACCAGCUGAUGGACUCUAUUGGUUUCCUGCAGCAGGUUCUGGCCCAGGACGAGUCUCCCGAUCCUGCCGCCCUUGAGAAGAUGAGGGCCAACAUUGCCGAGCGACAGGAGCGGAUUGCCAAGGUGGCCGAGGUGGCUGAGCGAAACCAGAAGCGGCAGAUUGCUGCGCUGGAGAACAUGCUCAAGAACGCCGAGAAGACCAUUGACAUCAGCAUCUACAACCUCAAGCAGCAGGCCCCCAAGACUGCGUCGGUUGAGGACAAGAAGGCUGAGCAUGAUGAGUUGUAG